UUUUCUUAAUUUUUUUAGAGAAAUAUGAAACGAAAUGGAAGCAGAAAUUGUUUAAAUAGGAGAAGUAGGUUUGGUUCUCGAGAAAGAGACUGGCUGCGAGAAGAUGUGAAGAGAGGCUGUGUUUACCUUUAUGGAGCCGACACGACCACUGCCAUUUCAACUACCACUUCCUCUACUGCUUCCUCCUCUUCCUCUGACUUACAUCUUGUCCUUUGCACAGUGGAGACACCAGCCUCAGAAAUUUGUGCUGGAGAGGGAAGAGAAAGUCUUUAUUUACAGCUUCAUGGAGACCUGGUUAGGAGACUGGAACCCACUGAACGACCUCUUCAGAUCGUUUAUGAGUACUUAUCCAGGCUGGGAUUUGAGGAUCCUGUACGCAUACAGGAGGAAGCUACAAAUCCUGACCUUGGCUGUAUGAUUCGAUUUUAUGGUGCCUCCAGUGAUGAGACAUAUACAUAUACCUAUGAAUGCAUGUGUACACAUGGAGGACUCUGUCUUUUUGAAAAGUCACCAAGAUGUGGACUACUUUGUUUAUUAAGAAAGAAACCAUGCCAGAUGGAUCAUCUGGAUCGAAUCCUACUGUCUGGCAUCUAUAAUGUACGCAAGGGAAAGACCCAGCUGCAUAAGUGGGCUGAACGCCUAGUUGUUCUCUGUGGAACCUGCCUUAUUGUUUCCUCAGUGAAGGAUUGUCAAACUGGAAAGAUGCACAUUUUGCCUCUGGUUGGGGGGAAGAUAGAAGAAGUGAAACGCCGGCAGCAUUCCCUUGCAUUCAGCUCAGCUGGAGCCCAAGCUCAGACCUAUCAUGUCAGCUUUGAGUCUUUGGCUGAGUACCAGAGAUGGCAACGGCAAGCAUCUAAGGUGGUGUCCCAACGAAUCAGUACUGUGGAUCUUUCGUGUUACAGCCUUGAGGAAGUUCCUGAGCAUCUUUUCUACAGUCAAGAUAUCACCUACCUCAAUUUGCGACACAACUUCAUGCAAUUAGAAAGACCAGGGGGCCUGGACACACUCUACAAAUUUUCUCAACUGAAGGGCCUGAACUUGUCCCAUAAUAAACUUGGGUUAUUUCCUGUAUUGCUGUGUGAGAUUUCCACCCUGACUGAGCUCAACCUUUCCUGUAAUGGGUUUCACGACCUGCCAAGUGAGAUUGGCAGUCUGCUAAAUCUUCAAACCCUCUGUCUUGAUGGAAACUUUCUGACUACUUUACCUGAAGAAUUGGGAAAUCUGCAACAGCUUUCCUCCCUUGGAAUUUCCUUCAACAACUUUAGUCAAAUUCCUGAAGUUUAUGAGAAACUCAUAAUGGUAGAUAAAGUGGUUAUGGCAGGAAAUUGCCUAGAAGUCUUGAACUUAGGGGUGCUGAACAGGAUGAGCCAUAUCAAGCAUGUGGAUUUAAGGAUGAAUUACUUGAAAACCGUGGUUAUUGAAAAUCUGGAGGGAAAUAGAUACAUCACACACAUGGAUUUGCGGGACAAUCAACUGACUGACUUGGAUCUUAGCUCUUUAUGUAGCUUGGAACAGCUGCAUUGUGAGCGGAACCAGCUGAGGGAGCUGACACUCAGUGGCUUCUCCCUUCGAACUCUGUAUGCCAGUUCAAACAGACUGACUGCAGUAAAUGUCUACCCGGUGCCCAGUCUCCUCACUUCUUUGGAGCUCUCCCGAAACCUGUUAGAGUGUGUUCCAGACUGGGCUUGUGAAGCAAAGAAGCUGGAAAUAUUAGAUGUGAGCUAUAAUCUUCUCACAGAAGUUCCUAUGCGAAUUCUGAGUAGCUUGAGUCUUAGGAAACUGAUGGUGGGACACAAUCAUGUCCACAGCCUUCCGGUGCUAGUGGAGCACAUCCCUCUGGAGGUGCUGGAUAUCCAGCAUAAUGUUCUCACCAAGUUGCCGGACACCCUCUUCUCCAAGGCCUUAAAUCUCAGAUACUUGAAUGCAUCUGCAAACAGUCUGGAGUCUUUACCUUCUGCCUGUGCUGGGGAGGAAAGUCUGAGUGUGCUGCAGCUGCUUUACCUGACCAGCAACCUCCUCACAGAUCAGUGCAUACCUGUCCUUGUGGGGCAUCCACACCUUCGAAUCUUGCAUCUCGCAAACAACCAGCUACAGACCUUUCCCGCAAGUAAACUAAAUAAAUUGGAGCAAUUGGAGGAACUGAACUUAAGUGGCAACAAGCUUAAAACCAUUCCUACAACCAUAGCCAACUGCAGAAGGCUGCACACCCUUGUUGCACACUCUAACAACAUCAGCAUUUUCCCAGAAAUAUUGCAGUUGCCUCAGAUCCAGUUUGUAGACCUAAGUUGCAACGACUUGACAGAAAUUCUAAUUCCAGAGGCUCUGCCUGCUACGUUACAAGACCUUGACCUAACUGGAAACACAAAUCUGGUUCUGGAACACAAGACACUGGACAUGUUUAGCCACAUCACAACCCUGAAAAUUGAUCAAAAACCAUUGCCAACCACAGAUUCUACUGUUACAUCAACCUUCUGGAGCCAUGGACUGGCUGAGAUGGCAGGACAGAGAAAUAAGCUAUGUGUGUCUUCCCUAGCUAUGGAUAACUUUGCAGAGGGGGUUGGAGCUGUAUAUGGCAUGUUUGAUGGGGACCGAAAUGAGGAGCUUCCACGCCUGCUGCAAUGUACAAUGGCAGAUGUGCUUUUGGAAGAGGUACAGCAGUCAACAAAUGACACAGUUUUCAUGACCAACACUUUUUUGGUAUCUCACAGGAAAUUAGGAAUGGCUGGUCAGAAGCUGGGUUCCUCUGCUCUUCUGUGCUACAUCCGCCCUGACACUGCUGAUCCAACAAGUAGUUUUAGCUUGACUGUGGCUAAUGUUGGCACGUGCCAAGCAGUCCUGUGCCGAGGUGGGAAGCCAGUGCCCCUUUCGAAAGUUUUCAGCCUGGAACAGGACCUGGAGGAGGCACGAAGGGUGAAGGAUCAAAAAGCCAUCAUUACAGAGGAUAACAAAGUGAAUGGGGUAACCUGUUGUACCCGGAUGCUGGGCUGUACAUACCUUUAUCCUUGGAUCCUCCCCAAGCCCCAUAUAUCUUCCACACCACUUACUAUUCAAGAUGAAUUGCUGAUUCUGGGAAACAGAGCAUUAUGGGAACACUUGUCAUAUACAGAAGCUAUUAAUGCAGUGCGUCACGUACAAGAUCCAUUAGCAGCUUCUAAGAAACUGUGCACAUUAGCACAGAGCUAUGGCUGUCAGGAUAAUGUGGGGGCCAUGGUGGUUUAUUUGAACAUUGGUGAGGAAGGCUGCACUUGUGAAAUGAAUGGACUCACCCUCCCAGGACCUGUGGGAUUUGCUUCCACCAGCACCAUCAAGGAUGCUCCUAAACCAACCACUCCUUCCUCCAGUAGUGGCAUUGCCUCUGAGUUCAGCAGUGAGAUGUCCACCUCGGAGGUGAGCAGUGAAGUGGGCUCCACUGCUUCUGAUGAACAUAACACUGUGGGCCUGGAGGCUGGUUUGCUUCCACGGCCAGAGAGGCGCUGCAGCCUCCACCCAGCACCCACCUCUGGGGUGUUUCAGCGCCAGCCUUCUUGUGCAACCUUCUCUAGUAAUCAGUCUGACAAUGGCCUUGACAGUGAUGAUGACCAGCCUGUUGAAGGGGUCAUAAUCAAUGGCAGCAAGGUAGAAGUAGAAGUAGAUAUCCACUGCUGCCGAGGAAGAGAUCUUGAGAGCUGUCCUACCCUUACAGAGAAUUCUUCCACCCCAUGUCCUGAGGAACAUGCUAGAGGGUUGUUUUUUGGGAUCCGGAGACAGAACAGUGUAAAUAGUGGCAUACUUCUGCCAAUGUGUAGGGACAAAAUGGAGUUACAGAAGUCUCCUUCUACUUCCUGUCUCUAUGGCAAGAAGCUCUCCAAUGGCUCAAUUGUGCCCCUAGAAGAUAGCCUGAACCUCAUUGAAGUGGCCACAGAAGCACCCAAGAGGAAAACUGGCUAUUUUGCUGCCCCUACUCAGCUGGAGCCAGAGGAUCAGUUUGUUGUACCUCGUGACCUGGAGGAAGAAGUGAAGGAGCAAAUGAAACAGCAUCAGGAAAGCAGGCCUGAGCCCGAGCCCAGUGAAGAGGAUCGGACCGAGCCCCCAGAGGAGUUUGACACAGCGCUAUGAUUCUGCCACUGUUGCGGGCACAGUGUGAGAAAAGGCUUUUGUGGUGUUGGGGAGGGACCCUUCCAGAGGCAUUUUGCCUCUGUGUUUCUAACCAGAAAUGUGUGGGUAAAACUCAAGAGCCCAAAAAGGUGAGAGCUUUCAGGGCCUGACCCUGGAUGAGCCAGUACCACCAUCAGUGUUAAGUUUUGCAUUUAACCUGCAUUGGAAUUCCCAGAGUUACUGGGAGGAAAGCAGAAGUUUUUCUCUGUCAGUCCUACCACCUGCCAUUAACCCUUUCUUUCCUAGGAUCAUUUUGAGAAUUUGCCUGCCUGGGCAGGAAAGGGACUAUUUCUGUGGAGGAAAUAACUGAAGGUUGAUUCCCUUUACUAAUUGCUGCUGAUGGAUCUCCGUGACAGAGAAAUCACCUUAUCUUUCAGACUAACUAAUGGGGUGUGAUGUGACUAGUCACAUGGCUUUUCAUUCUUCUCUACGAGAAUAUAGCCUAUCAAAAUGAUGUUUAUUGGAGAUGUAGAACCAAUCAAACAGAUAAUUUAUGUAAGUAAUGUAAUGAGAGCACUUUUCAUUGACUGUGAACUUUUUAUUUUUGAAUCUGCACUCGAGCCAAUCUUCUUAGAGGCAGCCCAACACCUUUGUCCAUAGGCAGAGAGAUAAUUGGGUAUUGAAGCCUUCUGUGAGGGUACUUGGAAAGGCCCUGGAUUGAGCUAUUGGAUGUCAAAGUGUGAAAGCUCCUGAGGAACAUGAGGUAGAGAGGAAUCUUCUUUUGGGGAUAAAGCUGGGGAAGGAGCAAAGACUUCCUUCCCCAUAUCAGAAAAAGAGUCAUUCCUUAACAGAUGUGAUACCCACUAGGAAUGUGAUUUCAGCAGAUCACAAGGUAGGCACUUGGGGAUUGGCCUCUUUCCCUUACCAUGUGGUAGAAUUGGCAGCCAGCUUCCUGACAGGCAGGGCCAACACCAGCACUGCUGGCAUCCAGGAAUCUUGAAUUAGAGCAGAUGAUUCCCAAACAGAUGGAGGCUAUGUGAGAACAGAUGGGUGGAUGGAGCUCACAGGUUAGAUGUGUUCCUUCUUUCUCCAAAGUGAGAAAUGGUUUUCUAGAAUGUUGGAAGUGAGUUGUCAAACCUUGCACUAAAGGUUUGACAAUGUACCUAUCUGAAAACUGCUAACUCACUUCAUGUGGUUUCAGAGUACUGGACUCAAUACCAAUAUAAGACAGACUCGAGAAAUUCUUAACUUGAUUUUUUCUUUCUUUUUUUUUUUGCACAUUCCACAUAACUCUAGCAAAAUGCAAUUCCUUCUGUAUGUUUGUUGCUUUUUCCAUUAAAAGAUUUUCUUAAGCAAACUAAUUCCUACUUCUAGUCCUACAAAAUUUUGGCAUUGCUUGAUUUUACCCAUUGAGAAAUGUGCUUUGAAGUUUUAAGACAUUUCAUAGUUUGAAAACAAGAAAACAGAGUGGAACCAUUUUUAAUUUGUUUCAUCAGAAACAAAAUGUUAAAUAUAAUGUUGGAAGUAUAUGUUAAUUUCUUUGUGGGUUCUUUUUGGGAGGGUUUGGGGGGAGUUUUUGUUCAAAGCAAUAGUCAAAAAUUAGAUGAUCUGUCCACAAAUAGUUAUGUCUCCUCAUUCUCUCAGAGGCCCCAUACCCAUGUGCAUGUGUCAUUAGGGUACAUUCUUAGGGAAAGUACCCCAUUCUGUAUACCCCAUUGGCUACUUAAUGUUCAACUCUCAAGAAUUUGAACUUGAGUCCCCAAAUCAUCAGGAACACUUGACUUCCUUCUGUCAAACUACUGAUCAGCUACUGAAAAAAUUUAGAACUCAGGUCUUUGAUUUGAAGUGGGGAAUAUGGUGGCUCAUACAAAGUUUAGGUGCUGUUAGAAAGAUGGGUACAAUAGUAUGUUGCCACCUUAUUUUUAUAUGGGAAUGAAAAAAGAAAAUGAAGGAAAAACCCAAGAUGUUAGUGAUGGGUGAUAUCAAACAUCUUCCUACUCAGACAGCAGAACCUUUGGGUUCUGAAUAGACUAGUGAGUGAUGUUGUCUAAAAAUUAAAGCUAUUUUGGGAAAAUACCACUUUAGUAGUAUAGUCUUAUAAAAAUUGUCAUUUAUCUAUGACUACUUUUCUUCUAUUUGUUUCCUGUCCUACUUAUUGGAACCACCUCAAAACCCAGGUCCAUAUUGACCUUUCCAAAAGUAGUGUGUUUGCUUUUUGGUCAACAAAACUCUGAAAUUCCACAUGUAUUUUGAUGUGGUGGAGUUAUUUUCAGGUACCAUUAGGUCUGAUGAAAACCUCUAUUAUAGGAUAUACCAAAACUGAUUAUUAUUUUUUUUGCAACUUCCUUUCAUUCAUGUCCUUCUAUAAUUGUUCUGUAUUAAAACAGAAGGUUAAAAGGCCAUAGUUCAUUACCAAAAAUACAUACCCCAUUUGACCUAUGAGGUAAUUGACAGAUGUUGUGUUAUCUGAGUAGGCUGUCAAAUGAAAGCCAGUAAUCUGUCUGCAAAUGAGUGUCAUUUUCUCAAUACCUUAACUCAGAGGGUAUGUUCCCCGGGUGGGCAGAAUACAGGUGAUCCCUAGCAUGGAGAGCCUGGUCUCUGCCUGAUUCUUGGGUCUCUGCAUGUACCUCCCACUUCACAGAGUUUAAGAUCAUUUCUGGGGAAAAAAAAAAAAAAACAACUCCUGGUUAUGGGUGCAGUUCAGGAGUCCCAUGGGGAAAGGAAAAUACAUGUGGCUUGUCAGCCAAGUAUCCUUAUUUUUAUCCAAAUGGAUUGGAAAUACAUCUGAAAUUUCAAUGUUGGUAUGACAUAAAGCUCUAGUGCUACCAUAGUCAAAUCAUUGAAUUACCAUUUCUGACGUAGUGAGGGCUUUAUUAUACUACUGUAGAGUGUAUAUGUGCAAUAAGUCAUUGAACACAUUUUCCUGGCGUACAGAAGAGCCACCACGAGCAACAUGGCAUCACUGGGUGCUAUUACAAUUGCUUGUAGCGAGUGCUAUUUUCCAGGAGAUGGAGCCAGUUACGUUUGGCAGAUCUAUUAAAUGAUGCUCUUCUUUCUAUGUAGACCUUCAACAAAAGCAGGUACUUGGAAGCCACAGGCUCACCUUCUUUAUCUAUUCAAUAACUAUCAAUGAAGAGACCUCCAUAAGGGAGCAUUUGGCUGUUAAUUAUAAAUGUAUCAAUUACUAAAGAAUUAGUCUCCAAGCCAUCCAGUGAUGUCCACAGCAUCACUGUAGAACUGUCUUGUCACUUUUUACUUCCCUCUGGGUGGAGCCUUCCAGACUCCCCAAUCAUGGACACAAGUUAUUCUUUCUUUCCAGUUAGUGACUUUGCCCUGUGGUUGGGUAAGUACUUCCUAGACUGAGAAAAUCGGCUACAGUCAAACCUGCUCUGUUUCCCUCAUUUGGUGAUUAAUCAGUAUAAGCUCCUUGUAUUCUAAAUCUCAUGCACCUCUCCCAGAUGCUGUAGGGUUUCUCUAACUGUUGCCACUGGAUGUCAGCCAGACAGUGGGCUCAUAUCUAUGGUUUUGUGCAAUCAUCGUUGUAUUGUAGUCCUAAGACUCAUUAUAGUGUAUUUUUGAUAUUUUUGAAAUGUGUUAAAUUUUUUAAUUCAAUAAUAUGAGCCAGAGCAUGUUGCAGCAAAUCUAUUGUUUGUAAAAAAUAAUAAUAACAAUAAUAAAUAAAAUAAAAUGGAA